AAUUUCUACUCCUAUUCCCUUCCAUUCCAUCGAAUGAUUGUACAGUGGCAACACCUGCUUCUGCCAGUGGUGCUUUGAGUCUCUUUCUCUUUCUCUGUGAGCCUCGCCACUCGCCACAAUGAAGGAACAAUCCGAUUUAUCUUCCUUCGUUCGCCUCAACAUAGGAGGAAAGAAAUUUAGCACCACCGUCGAUACUCUCACUCAGCGCGAACCCGAUUCAAUGCUCGCAGCUAUGUUCAGUGGCCGCCACACUCUUUGCCAAGAUCCCGACAAGGGAUAUGUGUUUGUUGAUAGGGAUGGUAAACACUUCCGGCACAUUCUGAAUUGGUUAAGGGACGGUGUGGUGCCCACUCUCGAGGAAUCUCAAUACACAGAGCUGUUGAGGGAGGCUGAGUACUAUCAGCUACUUGGGCUUAUAGAGGGAAUCCAUGCUGUCCUUGUUAAUAAGAGGAAGGAAGAUGACGAAUUCCAUUCGGAGUUGACACGUACAGAUAUCAUCAAGUGUAUACAAUCUGAGAGAGUAAGAUUUCGAGGGGUUAAUCUUUCUGGCCUUGACCUCUCUAAACUGGAUUUAUCUUUUGUGGAUUUCAGCUAUGCUUGUCUUAAAAAUGUGUUCUUUUCACGAGCAAACCUUCAUUGUGCAAAGUUUCAAGAUGUUGAUGCUGAGGCCUCCAUCUUUCACAAUGCAACUUUGCGUGAAUGUGAAUUUACUAGGGCAAAUCUUCGUGGUGCUUUAUUGCCCGGUGCAUGCCUUCAGAGUGCAAAUCUGCAAGAUGCUUGUUUAGUAGAUUGUAGCUUCUGUGGAGCAGACCUGCGUUCAGCACAUCUGCAGAAUGCAGAUCUUACCAAUGCCAAUCUAGAGGGGGCUGUCCUAGAAGGAGCGAAUUUGAAGGGUGCAAAACUGAACAAUGCCAACUUGAGGAGUGCGAACCUUCAACGAGCUUAUCUACGUCAUGUCAAUCUUCGAGAUACACAUUUGGAAGGUGCAAGGCUUGAUGGUGCCAAUUUGCUUGGAGCAAUCAGAUAAUAUUUGAGCUGAAGAUGAUAAAUUUGAGAUAUGGUCAAGAGUGUCAAUAUAUGAUAUGUGACUUGUGAAGUUGAAAGUUAUCUUUUGUUUCAAGGGUAAUUAAUAGUGGUGCGCAUGAAGUUGCACAACUGGGCAUUUGAUUUUGUAAUUGUGCCUGCUGAUGAUCCUUCUCCAACAUGCUGAUAUUGUUUGGGGGAAGCCGUUUAAGCUGUUCUUGUUCAUAUAUUUUGCAUUGAUUGUGUGGUUUGUUAUUUCUAAUGUGUCUAGUGAAUGAAAAUUUGAAUAUUACUAUUUAUAAUACGUGAAACAUCUUGUCUAUAGAGCAAGGUUGAAAAAACUCGAAAUUAUGAUGUGAUUGCAUGGUCACACUUGUGUAAUAAGUUAUCUUUUUGGUAAUUUUGUGGUAUUUGUAAAUAUUUUU